GUCACAAGCUGGUGGUGGCUGGAGACAUGAACUGCAAUCUUGACCAUGUCCCUACAUGUACGGGUACUGGUAUGUUGGCCCCGUCUGCUGUGUCGCCAGACAGAGAAGACCUGGUCGCCAUCUUAGUUGAUUUUCGGCUUCGAGCGGUCAACACAUAUGGCAGACGAGGAGGCUGUACAUACGUACAUGACGGAUACAAGCCGGCGCGAAAAUCCUUCAUUGAUUAUAUCCUGGUUCGGCAGAAGGGCCUGGGGAAGCAUCAGGCAGGCAUCAUCAGGGACUGGCAGGUCGCACGAUGGCGGCAAGGAGGGCGACAUAUGCCGUCCUGGACGACGGCGCAGCUCAGAACCAAGGAUGGAAGAUUGAUGACACCAGCAGAAGAGGCGGAGGCGCUUUGUUGCUUCUGGAAGGAGGUCAAUGGCGGAGAACCUCCGAGACAGGUUGAGCAGCUGCAGGGAUACGACAUCAGCAAGGAAGAAGUGGUCGAUGCACUACAGCAGUUACGUGCCAACAAGUCCGCUCCCCAGCAUUGCGCGCCGCAUGCCUUCUGGAAAUUAGCUGCAGAACAGAUGGCGGACUAUAUGGAAGCGAAGGUCUUUCAGCGCUGGAGGACAGGCCAAAAUGCCACACCGGCAGAUUGGGCGGCAGCGUGGCUGGUAUUCCUGAGCAAACCUGGUAAGGCCAACGACGACCCGAAAAGCCUGCGAUCCAUUUCACUACUUGAUCCGAUGGGCAAGGCAAUAUGCGGUGGACUGCAGAUCAGCGUUGACUUUUCGCAGGCCUUUGAUAGAGCAGACAGGCGGCUAUUCAUCGAAGCGAUGGAUUACCUGGAGGUGCCGCAGGAGCUGGGAGAUCUCAUUAUGAGGUGGGUGCGGGCGACAACUUUUCAAUACACAAAGCAGAUGCGCAAUGUUCCUAUCAGUCAGUGCAGGGUAUUCGUCAGGGAUGCAAGCUUAGUCCGACCUUAUGGUGCUGUCUCUUUGCAUACAUUCUGCAUCGACUUGAUCAGGCUCUGGGCAAUCAAUGGAGUCAACAACAUUUGGUUGGCUUUGCUGAUGACCUACACUUGA